UCCCCGCCCGCCGCCCGCCCUCUCUAUGGUGCCCGCCCCGCACCGCCGGCAGCCUGCGGCAGCACCAGCCCCCGCGCCUCCACGCCAUGCCGGGUGGCGGGUCCCGGCCGCCCGAGCCGCCGCGGAGCUGAGAACUGCUAGAUAUAUGCUGAAUCUUUCAUGCAUAAAGGACUACCUCUUUAUGACCUGGUCAUUAUCUUUGACAAACUGAUGAAACCAUAGGAAAAUGAAUUUCUCUUCGUUGAAUUCUGACAGAGCUGAAGUUCAUUCUCACAGGAUUUAGAUUCACUUUGAUACCUGGCUAUUGCCUGGGUAAACUCAGAAGGAAUUGCAAAUAGCAGCAUUGAAAAUCAAGAAGGUCUAAAAAUAUCUGGGGGGAGAUUAAGUGGUUCAAGAAGUAACGCUCUAAUGGAUGACAGAGACUUUCCACCAAAUGAUCUGCAAAUAGACUCAAAGGACAGUCUUCCUGCUAACUAUAGGGUGGAAAGUUUGGCAUCUCAUUUGAUUCCUUCAGCUGAUGAAAAUGAAAAUCAACUUGACAGUGAUGGGAAUGAAGUUCUGACCAGUAGCAGCAUUGCUAUGGGACGACAGGAUAAAGGUGAACAGGAUAACAUCAAUAAUAAUGAGAAUAUGGACAGUGGAGACUGGAUCCCAAGCUGCAAGGAAAGUGAGACUGAGAGAAGAUCUGUAAAUGUCCAUAUGGACCCUCAGCUGGAGGAAAAGCCUGUCACAGAAAAACAGCCAGGUGGAAAAAGAAGUCCAAGAAGCAAAAGGAGCUCCAGUAAAAAAUCUAAAGGCAUUUCUACAGUGGGAGCCACAACAAUCCAGGAGGAAAAUGCUCUGAAUACAGAUACAGAUUUUGUGCAGGCUGAAAGUGCUGUUGCAGCAAAGGAAAACUUUCAUCCAAAAGACCAAAAGCAAACAUUGCAGUCUCUUUUCUCUUUGCUCCGUGAAGAGGUUGAGCAGAUGGAUUCAAAGAUACUGCCCCUGUGUCUCCAUCAGAUAGCUGAGACCUAUUUUCAAGAGGAAGAAUAUGAGAAGGCCAUGAAGUUCAUUCAGCUUGAACGACUUUAUCAUGAGCAGCUGCUUGCAAAUCUUUCUUCCAUACAGGAGCAGUGGGAAAGAAAAUGGAAGACAGCAGUUCCCAGUCCAGUUACAACACUGAGGAAUUCAGAUAAAGAGCUGAGUGGCCAAGAACUGGAGAAGCUUACUAGAGUUUGCACUUCACAUCAACAGCCACAGGCAUCCAAAAGUAAGCUAGUAGCUGCAGAAAAUACAUGGGAAAGCAGUUGUUUACCUCAGAUAAUGGAAUCCAAAACUUUAAAGGAAAGAGAAGCUACUGCUUUUAAAUCAGGUACUGAAACUUGUCCUGGCAUUGCACCAAAGAAAGAAGAUAAACAGCUGAGCUCUGUUUACCCAGGUGAAAACCAAACUGAGGGACAGACAGAGGCAGCAAGUGUCCGGGUAGCUGCAGGAAAGGACCACAUGGAGGAGCAGCUCUGCAGGGCUGAAUCCACGCUGGAGCCACACGCCCAGUCCUCAGGGACAGGGGGCAGGCCUUCCUCGGGCUGGUUGUCAUCUGGGGAUGCUGGUAGAGAGAACAGCCUGCAGCUGAGGGAAAGACAGCUCGCCAAGGAUGCAGUGGAAAUAGAAGGGGCUGGGGAGCCUGGAGUGAAACUCCCUCUUGAGCCAAUGGUAGAUGCUUUGGCUUUAACAGAUGAUGGUUAUAUGCCUGCUGAUUUGGUUCCUUCUGAUAAAGAUGUGCCAGCUGAUAGAAGUCUGCUCAGAUCAAAACAUGCUGCUGGGUCUUCAGAAAUUCCUAGUGGCCAGCUUGGAAAUAGUGAUUUAAAGCAGCAACAGAUACAGCCUGAUGAUGAUGAUGAUGAUGAUGAAGAUGAACAGUCUUCAUGGGACAGAACUGCCUCAGGUGAAUGCUCUGGGUGUAAUGAAGGGUCUGAGCAUGAGAGUGCUGCCCAUUCACGGGUGUGCAAGGAAAUAGGACAGAAGGAGAAGGUCCAUCAUGAACAAGAAGAUUUAUUUCUGAGAUUUUUGAAUGGAAACAUAAUAGACACUGAAGAAUCUGCAGACUUUGCAAACCAAGAGGACUUUGACGCUGUUCCAGAUAUUUCACCUGAACGAGCAUCUUAUCACUCCCUGGAAGCUCUGUCUCUAGAUGACAGCUUUUCUUCUCUUGAUGAACUUACAAGAAGGAUAGAGAUUACUGAGAUUACCCCAGUGGAAGGAUUGGUGUCUAUACUAAAGAAGAGAGAUGACAGAGAUGGAAAAACAAUUGCUCAAGUCCAGCAAAGGCAAACAAAGAGAAGAGUGAGAUUCCAAGAAAUGGAAGACACAUUGGAUCAAGAUGAAGUGUCUGGUGGCUCCUGUAUUUUGCUGGUCCUGCUGUGCAUAGCAACUGUUUUCCUUAGCAUUGGAGGAACUGCGCUGUACUGCACCUUUGGUGACAUGGAAUCCCCUGUGUGUACUGAGUUUGCAGCCAACAUGGAUUUCUAUUAUACACAGAUACUGCAGCGUGUGGAAGAGCUAAAACACUGGAUAGCCUUCUCAUAGCUGAAGGGAGUGGACACAGCACGCUCAGAGCUCACCUGUGGUUACUGGAGAGAGUAGAACAAAAUUGUGAUUUCAAGUUCUUUAACACUUGCCACCUGCAGGUGAUGUGUAUUUGAUGAUAUACUUUCACAUUUACUUAGAAAUCAAGAAAAUUUUAGUUUAGCAAUCAGGUGGCACAAUGUUCACAUCUGUUCACAACUGUAGCAGCGUGGUAUGGGAGCAUAAAAAGUCAUUUUCUUCAUCCUUUUGAAAGUAGGCAAGUAGCUUUUCAUCCACUUGAGCAAGUGAAGAAGAAGGAAGAAAAUUAACUGUCUUCUGUAUUCUCUCCCAUUGCCACACAUUGUGUAAGCAAUCUCUGGAAGCUUAGUAAAAGGACAGCUUUAAUUUACAGCUGUUUGUGCAAAGGUGUUGCCUCCAGCUAUCAUGCAAUAAGUCUCUGUUUUAUGGAAACAUUAUUUUUUUUCUAAGUCUUAAUGUUUUUAUCCAUUUUAUUUCUCCUGGUGAGCCAUGUAAUUAUUUGGGUGGAGUGAGAAGAGUGCAGUGGCAUUCACAGAGCCCUCAUUUGGUAAUUACCAGGCUGACCCUGUAUCUUAGAGCUUGCAGUGAAAAUCAUGAAUGGGAUAAAUCUGCUGGCAGAUUUCACUAAAUUUCUUGGACCUUUACUCUCAGUAUCAUGUGGGUUGUUUUAGAAAUGGAAGGUUAAAAAAGAAAUCACUGGUCUCACUAAACACAGAAACAAAAGAUGUUUACUAAAUUAUUCAUAUUAAAUAAUCAAGUGGCUUUGGCUCAUUUUAAAGCACCUGGGAGCAGGUGUGGGGCUUAACUGGGUUUUUCUCCAGCUACAUCACUGACUUGGAGUAAUCACUUUGUGCCUCAGUUUCUCCUCCAUAAAUGGGGAAUAAUGAUCCUUGCCUUUGUCUAUGAAUAUUUAUUGGAAUUAGGGCUCAUGUCUGAUUCAUCCCAAAUGAGUGCACAGGCUCACAGAACUGUGUGGCUGCAGCCUCUGGGUUAUGUAAAGGGGGACUGAUCCAGCAGAAAGGUUCAGAGGCUCACUGCAGAUCCACAGCCUGUCAGCGUUCCAGGGCACUUGUUCCAGCCGAUAAAGCACACUUGCAUUUAUUUGCCCUGCAGUUCUGAGACCUGGAUUGUAAAAUCUGUUCUUUCUCAGCUUUACAAACAAAUUUAGAUGAGUGCAAAGAGUAAUUUGAACUGGGUGUUUCUAUCCCUUGGUGCUCAGCCCUCCCUGUGCGGUGUGAGAGAAGCACUGGCAGCGCAGUGAAGGUGAGAGUUGGAUACAGAGGCCUCUGGGCAGGCUCUGCUCGAGGGCUGGCAGCUGUUCUUGCCCAGAGCCCACUGUGCAGCCCUGCUGACAGGGUGAGUGUGAAAGGAUUCCUUUACACCUCAGGAAACUGCAUUUUUGAGGGGCCCACUUCACUCCACUCUGUGAUUUCCUGCUUACUAACCUUGUAUGAUGCAGCGUGUUCAGGUUUAGGACAUUAUUUUGUAAAAUGCUAUGAAGUGAAAUCUUUGAGAUGCUGCUCAGAAUUAUAACAUUAAAGAUCAUGCUUUCUGACAUUUGCAAGCAAAUUGUCCCUCUAGUGAGCUUGGUUGUUCCUAAUGCACUGUUACACUUAACGGGUUUUUAAAGUAAAAGUUAAAAUCAUGGUUUUUUCUAGAAUAAACUGCAUGUAUGAUUUCUCUUUUGGUU